ACCCGGAAAUGUUAAUGUUAGUAAACAUGGCGGACGAAGACGAAGUUGAAGAUAUGAAUGAGAGUGAAAUGAAGACUAGCAGCUCACUGCAGCAUAUGUUAGCUGUAAUUGCUGAAGAAAGAAAGAAAGAAACAUCAACAUUUUCUAUAUCUGGAGAUUUUGAAAUGAUAUCAGGUGAUACGAUGAAAUUUUGGACGAGUUUGUUUGAGCAAUAUUUCCUAGUGUCAGAAACUUCAGAUGGUACAAGAGAUGACAUGCUGUUUUAUGUGAGACGUGUGAAAGGAGAAAAACUGUCAUUUAUGAAGACAGAGAUAGAAGUAUACAGAAAACAUUCCAAAAAACAACCCACCUUUGAUGAUACUAGUAUUAACUGGGAGGAAACUGUUUAUCUUAAUAUCAUUUUACAUCAGUUUGUAUAUACAAUGACGUGUGCUGUUUGUACCAGAACUGCCAAAAAUAACAUAGAAAUACUUAAAAAAUAUUCUCAGCGAGUAUAUCCAUCACCUAGCAGACGAAGAAUGGAUAGUAAAGGAACCCAAGAGGAGAUUUGUUAUCCAAAUAUAUUCUUUACUGUGGAUAACUUUGAGGAGGCAUUUACAGAUAUAGUUGUUCAAGACAGUGAGUUAGUCACGGUUGAAUUAGUAGCCUCAGACCGAGACGGGGAACUACAAGGAGUUAUCUUUCUUGGCUCAAUUAGAUAUGAUAAUCUAAAGAAGGUUUAUGAUGCAAGGUCAAGCCUUACAAGUAAAAUGGUACAGCGCAUGUCGUUAGGUUGGAUAAGUAAAACUCACAAGAGGGUAGAAUAUGUCCGAAUGCGGGGGCCUGGCGGGAAAGGGUUUGCGGAGAUAGCCGUCUCUCGAGUGAAGGGGUCAGGUCCAGAGACCCCUGAUCUUGAAAACUUUCCCGUAGAUGAUUUCGAUCAUAAUCAAGAGCAGAAUAAUUACACACAACGCAGAAUGAGUGACCCUAGUCAAGCAAUUACUUCCUUUAUGCAGCGUGCAAUAAAAAAAUCUCGCUCCGAGACACAAAAUGUUGAUAUUAUAGGAACCGAUGAUCAGGAAGUAGAGGCUGGUACUCUACAUGAUGAGCUAGAAGAUUCCGAACAGUAUAAUGGUUUUUGGGGUAAAUCGUUCGGUCAAGCGUGGCAUUGGUUUAAAGAAAGAAGGAGAGCAAAUAGUGUAUCAUUAAAUGCAUAUCUAACCUACGUUACCUUGCCUUGGCAUAGAAUUAUAGGUGAUGUUUUAGAAGUCCGGCAGCAACCUGUGUUAUUGUUUUAAUCAGGAUACAAUUUAUUACAAGUUCACCCACAUGUGCCAUUCAUCCAUCAGUACCACCAUCUAGAACUUAUAUACAUGAAAAUCCAACCAGUUAUACGUGAAAAUGCCAACCUAUAUACAAUGUUUAUACCUUAAAAAUCAAAUUAUCAACAUCAGCAUGUUUAAAAAUUUCAUUGGUUAUUUUUUGUUUUCUUUCAUUAUUUUUCAAAGUAUUUUAAAACCAACAUGUUCACAUUGCGGGUUUUGCAUUUACUUGAAAGUACUAAUUUCUGCAUUGAAAAUGACUAGGACUUUCAUAAAACCAAUGGUUAUACAUGUAAUUAUGAUUAAAUAAGCAUUUUUUCUUUGGAAAAAAGAGGCAUUAACAAUGCCCACAAGUCUGUUUUUACAAUCAGAUGAGAUCUCUAUUAGUAUUAAAAGCUGUUUUAAAUUUAGUCUUAAAAUGUUUGCUGAAAAUUGUAUAUUGAAAAUGCAUUCUAUUGUUCCUUUUAACUUUUAAUUUGCUAGAACCAAAAAUGAUUGGACUUUGCCACCAGUAUAGAGCCUGGUCAGCCUGCACCUCCGUGAAGUCUGACCAUGAUUCAAGGUUAUAAGUUUUCUCAUCUCAAGCUCAGAUCUCAGGUAUUUGAUUGGUCAGAAUUCAAUACAGAAUGUACACUGACCAAUGAAAACCCUUAGAUUUGAGAUGAAGCUAAGAAAAAAUAUUUUAUAACCUUGAGCCCCAGUUUUAUGCUGUUGAUAACUCAAAUUUUUAUAUUUUGAUUUUGAUAUACAUUAAACUUGGAUUGAAGUGCUCCAAACUAAAAACUUGGUAUAUAUAUAACAGAUUUUUUGAGAGUUAGGCAUAUACAUGUAUGUUUGAAAAGAGAGCUUGUUACUAUGUCCAGUAUACAUGAGAAUUCCAUGCAUAUAGUAAAUGUUAAAAUUUUUGAUGUGUUCAGUUUUUGUUUUUUAGGGUAAAUCUUGUAAUUCAACUACAGCCAGAAGUUCAUUUAUGUAUUUCAUGAUGUGCAAUAUUUUAAAAGUAAUUU